CACAUCUGCCUCUGUUCAAGCAGGCUGGAAUCAGGACUGGAUCCUUACUGGUGACACUGUAGUCCGCAACACCUCUGAACGAACCGGGACGUUUCCCUCUUAAGGAGACACGUUAUUCCCCUUUGGACGGAGGCUGCUGCAUUAGAAGAUCUGAGUUUUAGGCCUACAGAUGAGAGGAAAAGACAUGCUCUGCCUGCGUGACUCAGGCGACUGCCUACGGGACCAGAUGCAGUAUAUGAUGAGGUCACUGCAAGACCUGAAACAACUGCGGAAAACCUGUCCUGCAGCCAGACGCCCCCUGGCUCCCAUCAGCACCCAACUCCCAGCUUUAGUGCGCCACUCUGCUGUGGCACGUGCUUGUCAGCAGCGAGCACUGCAACGAGAACAGCGCACACGCCUGCGGAUGUCUGAUGCCAGCACAGCCAGCACCUAUGACUCUGCCUGCUGCCUGGGGAGUCCUCUGGAAGAGGAGGAUGACGACUCAAGCAGCCUCAGACUAGGCCUGGGGUCUCCCAGCAGCCAGAAAAGUUUGGAGUUUGAUUCAGGCUACUCUGAGGCAUCGUGGCAGGAUGAAGCGUUGAUCCUCAGGAGGACGAGGAACGUGCGGGUGUCAUCUUCAGCCUGCCUUCGCACAAACAGAGCACCAAGCGGACGUAUUCGACCCAAGUCCACGUCUGAUGCCUGUCUAGAGAGGUGGACAUCGUUUGAAGUCAGCGACCCAGAAGACUGGACAAACUCUUUAUUGACCAGAGGACGCAACCGGCAGCCUCUGGUCCUAGGUGACAACAGCUUUGCAGACCUCAUACAGAACUGGAUGGACUUGCCAGAUUGUCCCGAGCCCACCGAGCUAAAGCCAAAUUCAAGACGUGGACUGGGAAGAGGUUUUUUUGUCAACAUGAGGAGGAAACUGGUGGGGCUUUCUAAAAGUGUAGAGGACAGAGUGAAGAUCAGAUCCACAGACUCUGCAGCUCACGUUAACAGAGCUGCAAAUGCUCCAAAACGUCUGUCCUGUCCAGUUGUGGCAUCACAGGCUAAAGUCCCUUUUUUCCACCAGUCCCACUCGGGCAUUAAUGAGCUGGACACAGAUUUUUACCACUUUGCGGCCCUCAUGAAAUCAGGCAGCCGACAUCCCAUAAUCUGCAAAGAUAUCAUUGGCUACAUCUGACUUUUCAUAUAAAGCCAUGUACUGACUAGACAAUCCUCAGAGUCACUUUAUUUUUGUAUGACUGUUUUUUUCACUUUCUAUAUGCUGUGACUAAGCCAAUGGAAAAUAAAGAUGUUAUCAUAAUUUAAA